CCGAGCCCGAGCCGUGACAGCGCCUCGCCGCAGCCCGCCGCCCGCAGCCCGCCGACCGCCAUGGCCAAGAGCCGCAGGGACAGAAACAGCUGGGGUGGGUUUUCAGAAAAGUCAAGUGAAUGGAGCUCAGAAGAAGAGGAGCCAGUGAAAAAGGCAGGUCCUGUCCAAGUUCUUAUUGUCAAAGAUGAUCACUCCUUUGAGCUAGAUGAGGCUGCGCUGAAUCGGAUCCUUCUCUCUGAAGCUGUCAGGGACAAAGAGGUUGUAGCUGUGUCUGUUGCUGGAGCCUUUCGAAAAGGGAAGUCAUUCCUGAUGGACUUCAUGUUGCGAUACAUGUACAACCAGGAAUCAGUUGAUUGGGUUGGAGAUUAUAAUGAACCAUUGACGGGAUUUUCAUGGAGAGGUGGGUCAGAACGAGAGACCACAGGAAUUCAAAUAUGGAGUGAAGUAUUCCUUAUCAAUAAACUGGAUGGGAAAAAGGUUGCAGUGCUAUUGAUGGAUACUCAGGGAACCUUUGACAGUCAGUCAACUUUGAGAGAUUCAGCCACAGUAUUUGCCCUCAGCACAAUGAUCAGCUCAAUACAGGUAUACAACUUAUCCCAGAAUGUCCAGGAGGAUGAUCUUCAGCACCUCCAGCUUUUCACUGAGUAUGGCAGGCUGGCAAUGGAGGAAACAUUCCUGAAGCCUUUUCAGAGUCUGAUAUUUCUUGUUCGAGACUGGAGUUUCCCAUAUGAGUUUUCAUAUGGAGCUGAUGGUGGUGCCAAAUUCUUAGAAAAACGCCUCAAGGUUUCAGGAAACCAGCAUGAAGAACUGCAGAAUGUCCGAAAACACAUCCAUUCCUGUUUCACCAACAUUUCCUGUUUUCUGCUACCUCAUCCUGGCUUGAAAGUAGCUACCAAUCCAAACUUUGAUGGAAAACUAAAAGAAAUCGAUGAUGAGUUCAUCAAAAACUUGAAAAUACUGAUUCCUUGGCUACUUAGUCCGGAGAACCUGGAUAUUAAAGAGAUCAAUGGGAAUAAAAUCACCUGUCGAGGUCUGGUGGAAUACUUCAAGGCUUAUAUAAAGAUCUAUCAAGGUGAAGAAUUACCACAUCCCAAAUCCAUGUUGCAGGCUACAGCAGAAGCUAACAAUUUAGCAGCUGUUGCAACUGCUAAGGACACAUACAACAAAAAGAUGGAAGAGAUUUGUGGUGGUGACAAGCCAUUUCUGGCGCCCAAUGACCUUCAGACCAAGCAUCUGCAGCUAAAAGAAGAAUCUGUGAAAUUAUUCCGAGGGGUGAAGAAAAUGGGUGGGGAAGAGUUUAGCCGACGUUACCUGCAGCAAUUGGAGAAUGAAAUAGAUGAACUUUACAUCCAGUACAUUAAGCACAACGAUAGCAAAAAUAUCUUCCAUGCAGCUCGUACCCCAGCCACAUUAUUUGUUGUCAUCUUUAUCACAUAUGUGAUUGCUGGUGUGACUGGAUUCAUUGGCUUGGACAUCAUAGCUAGCCUGUGCAAUAUGAUAAUGGGACUGACCCUAAUCACCUUGUGCACUUGGGCCUAUAUCCGGUACUCUGGAGAAUACAGGGAGCUGGGUGCUGUAAUAGACCAGGUGGCUGCAGCUUUGUGGGACCAGGGAAGUACAAAUGAGGCUCUAUACAAGCUUUACAGCGCAGCAGCAACCCACAGACAUCUGUAUCACCAAGCUUUUCCUACACCAAAGCCAGAAGCUAAUGAACAAGCAGAGAAGAAGAAAACUUAAUCCAAUUCAAUAAAAAAAUACAGGUGCAUGACCAUUUGUCAGCUAAAUAUUGAGUUUUUUGUUUCCAUGCAAACAUUGAAUGUGCUUCCAUCAGAACAGAGUAAAAUACCAAACACCUCUGAGAACUGCAAAUUCUUCUACUUCAGUGUUUAAUAAGCAGGUGUAUGUAUGCAUGGUUAGGUCAUUUACUUAACAUGUACAGUUUCUUGAUUUUUGUCUUUAAAUAUGCUGUAAUAAUUUCAGGUAUCUGCAUAUUUAUGAGGACAGCACAUGUGGUUCAGCUUGAAUUUAUGAAAUUCUACUACUGGGUUAUAAUUAAUCAUGUAGUGAUAUUACUCCAUGAAUGGAUAUGCUCAUUUAAUUUCUGUAGAAAGUUUCAAUUAUUUCACACAGCUAUUUGUUUAAAGCACAGCAUCAUAACUCUGCAGGCUUGAUUUAAUCUAUAUAAUCUUACACAUACAACAGGCUCUUAUUUUGAAAUAUAUUUAAGAGCUAACAGUUGCUUUACCAAAAACUAGAUCUUGUUUCUUUUAUAUUUAUGACUUGAUAUAGAAUGUAAAUCUCUUGGUCAAAAAUGCAGAAAAAAAUCUCUUUGUAUAUGUGUGUGCAUUUCACUGCAUUGUAUAUUUUUUCAUUUGGUACACAAGAAAUGUAUUCUUUAUAGGUUUAUUCUUUUAACAUGUGAUGUAUAUUAAAGUUUACUCUGGUUCCUAACAUUAAAACAAAUGCUUACUGAUUUUGGAACCAUUUGGCAAGUGUUGAUAAAGAAUGAAGGUUAUCUCCUUUUUAAUUCAAGAUGCAUUUUAAUUAAGAUGGAAGAGUAUCUAAGUUUAUUACAUAUAUCAGCUUACAACUUAGAAAAGUUGCUCAUAAGCUCAGUAAAUUAUCAUUUUCCAUUAGUAAAAUUCCACCAGACAUACUUUAAUUUUCAAUACCCCUUUUGAUGCUUCCUUGGCUUAUAAACCUUCUGAACAGAACAAUGACAUGGAUUCAAACGCCACACCCUUAGUUUCCACAAAAAUAUAUUUAAUAAGCUUGUUAUAUAAAAUCAGACACAACAUUUUAUCAAUAAUUCAAAUUCACUUUUCUCUAACUGGGACUGCCUGUAUUUUAGAAGACAAUAAAAAUAUAUUUACAUAUUUAUAACACAUGUAAGUAUAACCAAGUUAUGAAAUUCACAGAAUUCUAGAGAUUUACAGCCUGGAUGUAUCAUCAAUUUGUUUGUAAUCAAAUUUUGUAUGCUAAUUAUAAAUGACUAUUAAGCCAAAAGUGGAAAAAUGGGGGGGGGGUUAUAUGACUUUAAAGUUAACACUCAUCUAUGAUAAAAAAGCAAUAUAAAAUUUAUUUAAAUGACCAAAACUUCUUACUAAAUCCCUGAUUGUCAUUUUUGGCAACUUAACCCAGCCCGUCAGAAGGCAGUGUGCUAUGUUGUAGGGAAUCUUGCAGUGUCUCAUCAGAGCCAUACUCAUGUAAUUAAGAGGCUUAGCUGAAAACAGGAAGUGAUGUCAGCAACUUUGAGUAUGUACAUACCUUCCCAUACAGGCUUAGUUAGGCUUUAUGUUUAAAUUUAUUCCUGGAACACUUUCUGAACAUGCUUCAAAGGGUGGCAGGAGAAUAGAUGACCACAAACAUCAUAUAGAAACUUAUCACAAUAAUGGAUUCAACUCCUAUUCUGUACUUUGAACUAUGUCCAUGUCAUGCCAGACAAUAUCCACACCAGAGCAGUACACAACUGUUUAAAAAUAUGACACCAGUCCUCGUUCUCUCUUUUUUUUAAAGAAAGGUACUGCUUCUAUAGGAACUUACCAAGUGAUCAUUCCCUAUAUAACCUCUGGUUAUAAUGAUGUCUUAUUCUGCAUUCUUUUUCAUCAAGAGUAUUUACCAGGCAUGAUGGUGCAUGCCUUUAAUCCCAGCACUCAGAGGCAGAGGUAGGAAGAGCUCCUUGAGUUUGAGACCAGCCUGAGACUACACAGUGAAUUCCAGAUUAGCCUAGGUGAAGGUGAGACCAAACCUUGGGGGAAAAAAAGAAAGAAAAAGAAUAUUCAAGCAGUUUCCUACUAUACAGCAUUUAAAUGUAUGUUAUGUUGGCUCUUAAAGUGGUAAACCAUAUUUGUUGUUCAAUGAAAGAAAAUUUCUAAUAACAAAAUACAUGUAAAAUUAGAAUUUUAUAAUUUUCAAAAAGUCAGCUGCCUUUAUUAACCAAAGUACUUGUUUGCAGUCAUUUUGCCUGUGAAAAUAUUUAAAAGGUUUUAUAAAACUUGAAUUUUAUUUUUAUGAAGUUAACUUAAAAAAUUCUUGCCAUGUUGCUGGGCAUACCACUGCUGUCUCUGCUUGCGGUUUUCCAACUCAGUGAGCAGUGCCUGUCUAUAGGCCUCAUACAUUUUAACAAUCUGUUCCAAUUCUUUCAUGAAGAGCAACUUCAGCAUCCCCUGGUAUGUGUCUAGGUCAGCCAGUUGGAAGAGUUCCCAUUUCAGAAUGUGGUCAUACCUGUUUUAAAAUAAAAUGUUCACAACGCAUACAUGAGCAUUUCUUUACAGCACAAACUGGUAAACAAGUUUAAAGACAGUUGAUUGAGUCAGUAAAACUCACUAUCUAAAUAUACUUUUUUGUUGUUUUAGUUUAUUUGGGCUUUAUUUUGUUUUUGUUUGUUUUAUUGCUCAGACUGGCCUUAAAUUCCUGGGUUCAAGUAAUCAUCUUGUCUCAUAUUCCUCAGUAGCUAGGUGCACUCACAUACACUAAGCUCCAAAUCCUUCCUUUAGAGAAGAAAACAGUUCAUAUUACUUCAAGUUUCCCUUCCUCUCUCUCAAAUAAUAAUUUUU